CGCAGAGUAAUGCCGACAGCCGGUUGAUUCGUCGACCGACGCCGUCCGUGUGGUGCACAAAAUACUACUUGCGUGCGCGCGUUUUCCGUACGUGAUUUAACUGGUCCCGUUGUUGUCAUUAUUUUACCAUCGAUAUCGUCGCCACCGUUGUAUUUUCGUCAUCGUUAAUGUCUAUUUUAAUAUUAUUUAUUCGUUAUAAUAAUAAUAUGAUUAAUAAAUAGAAAGAAGAGGAAAACUUCUUUUUUUUUAAUUUUUCGUCGUCCGGUCAUUCCCCCGUAAUUUUAGUGCGCCGUCGUUUUUGCUGUUGUUUCUGUUGCUGUUUGAAAACUAUCGUAAUAAACCAUACAAAACGAGCGAGACCGUCAACGAAAAUAAUAUAAUAUCAUAUUGUUUUAUUCGAACCGACGUCGUAUCUACUAGUUUCGAUUCCACACCACACGAAAGUGAACCAAAAAAAAAACCAACUGAAAAUGAUUCUAGUGAAACUGAUUGAAGACGACGACGGACUCGGGUCGCCGCCCGAAUGGGCCGCUGUGGAAAUGCAAGGUGAGCUUGAAACCCGCCGACAUACGCCGCUCGAACGCCAGUACGUCGGUGAUCUGUUUGCGACCAUUCAUGAUGGCGUACCCAUAUUGAUCAUCGGCCAUCAUAUCCUGUAUGGCAAAGCGCAGACGUUCGAGAAGCCAUUCGCCGUGAUGAAGAAGAAGCCUGACGCGGACGAGUACGUGGUCGAGGCCAUUGUCACCAAAAAGUUGUUGUUCAAAAACCGGCCUAAGCCCAUCAUUGCCUGUAAUUCCGACGACCUUUGAACAUGUCCGACGCCCAGUCGUCGGUUUUUCCAUAAAAAUUUUAUAAUUCGUUGUUUAUACGCAAUGCUUCAAUAUUAAACCAAUAAUAUGUAAUUUAUAUUUUCCACCGACCAGACGUGAUCUGAUUUCUGUUGAAACAAAAACUAUAAUAAACUUGUAAUAAAGAACCUACCAUACAAUAUACAUUAUUUUCCCGAAU